CGUUAUAAUGCUGAUGGUUUUCCUCCGAUUCACCUUAUAAUGCGUUUGUGUCUGUAAUGUGUUCUCAGACAGGGAACUGACCCAGAACUGCUGAUUUGAUCAGAUUUUCAUGUGCUUUGCGUCAGUUCUCUGUUACUCGAUCCUAAUUGACAGGUGUGGUCAGGCAUUGGUUUGCACAUUCUGGCUCCAGUUUUCCACAGUCAUGCCACACCUACCCAUCAUGCAUCACUGCCAGACAGAUGAGGUUGGCAUAGAUUCUAACAUGCUUUCACUGCUGACGUAAAUCAGACCAGGAGACCCUUGAAAACUACGUCAGUGGGGUUGUAAGACCGCUUUAGAAUAAAAUCAAGUUCAGGUUUUGGAGCAACAUGACCAUUCCAACGGUUUUUGAAAGGCAAGCUGUCCUGCUGGCUUUCCUAAAGCAAGCCUGUCUGGUUAUGUUAUGAUAGAUGAGCACGUUUGGCAGCACUGCGCACUUGGACUCCAUUAAACGUCAUAAGAAUGUGGCUGUGAGCUCAAGCGUCUCUGGCCGGGACUCAAAUCCUGUGAGGAAGGACGUGAGGAUCUCGACUCCCUCAACCUCGGUCACAGAUCCUCCUGGCGCGUGGCCACGCAUGGGAUCCGCUAUUUAAACCGGACUCAGCUGACAACCCCGUUACAAGCCAGAGACUCGAGGAAAAGCGAGGAAGGGUGAAACAUCCCGAUAACCGUUUCGUUCGUAGUAAUGGAGUUGGCGCGCAACGCCUCCGCGCUUUCGUCGCAGCAGACCAACCGAAUCGCCUUGCCCGGUGGAAGCGACAGUAACGUGUAUUUGUACAUCGUCAUCGUGGUGUCUUUCUACGGAGUCUUCCUCACUGGGAUCAUGCUCGGUUACCUGCGCACCAAACGGCGCGAGAAGAGGCGCACGAACGCCUUCACGCGGCUUCUGCACGAGGAGGAGCAGCGUGAGUGGGGCGCGAGCCAGAAGAAGCACAGCUUCAGCCUCCCCGCGUUUCCCGCCCUGCGCUCCACGCCGGUGCCGUUCAUGCGGGAACCGGGAACCGGCGGCAAGGUUCUCGCGCCUCUGGCGUGCGCGCUGUGCUCGGUGGAGCAGAGCAGCGUGAGCUCCCUCAGCUCCGUCGCCGAUGUGCGCUUCGCCAUUGAAGAGGAGUCUGACAGCGGCGGACACAGUGACUGACCGUCCCGGGAAAACCUCAAAGAAGCGCUCUGAGGUUCCCGCUGCAAACCGUUACUAUGCCGUUUACUAUGGCAACCAUAGUUCGCGCCGAAAAGCAAUGAUUAGCCUACCACAGUUAAUGUUACUAAAAAUAAAACUGUUUUAAGUUGGUACUAGCCACCGUUGCAAUAAUAAAUGUAUUAAAGAAAGUUUCUGAAAGGCCCUUGUACUGUUUUAAGAAAAUCCUGUGUUAAUUUAUUGAGGUUUUACUGUUGUAAAUAACUGUAGUAACUUGGCGGGAACUGUGGUUCACGUGAUGAAAGUUCUCCGAAGUGCCUUGAUGGGAAGCAUGAACUCUUAUGCCAGAAACAGAUUUUUACACAAGCACAUAUCUUGUGAUAUAAAUUGGAUUUGACACGUCUUGGAAUAGGCUACAAUGACGCACGAAAUUCAAAUUGUGUUACUAGAAGUGUAUUUCCUCGCAUACUUGUGUGAAGUAUGUUUCAGGCCUUAAGCGCGAUGUAAACGUUGAGAUAAACCUGGAAGUCACUUGAAGAAAAAACUUUGAAAAUUCAAUUUACUUUAAAGGCCUAUAUCAUUCACACAGAUGUGUAAAUUAUUAAAAAAAAAGAAAAAGAUCUGUAUAUAUUGUUCUAUGUGCAUGGAUAUGUCUAUUUAAAUUGUACCUUAUUUUAUGUGUAAGCUAAAUAAAAUGUUCCUUCAGAAUGUGA